AUGGUAGCCUACCCAAAGGAGGUGCUUAAUGAUGACAAUGAUGAUGUUGCUAGCAUCCACCCCUUUGGCAAUGACUUUGAAUAUGGGGCACAGGAACUGUUCCUGGAUUUCCCUAGUAAGGACCUUGCAUCUCCCAUCCAGUUAUCGGCAUAUUCCAUCGCCCUCCCAUACCCGGAUGUAUUGCUUCAGAGCAGGCUGGUGUUUGGUGUUGCCUAUCAGUGGCUGCCAUCAGCCUCCCGGCCUUUUAAUCUGACUGAUGAAUCUUGCUUAUUGGGGGGGUCCCGGGGGCCUAGCAGGCUCUUAAUAAGUGUUUAUUGGUUAAUUGACCUAUGGAAGAGAAAAGUGAGCCCUUCGGCCCAGAGGAAGAAGAAGGAGACCUUCCCUGCUGCAGAUCUGACCCUGGGUGCCUUACCAGAGUGUUACCAUUCAGGUAGCUCUGACAUUCUCCUGAGAUUCACAGAUAAAACCUCAGCUGCUGCCCCAUGGCUCUGCUUAGAAUUCCACCUUGACCCGUGGUACUCCACAGCUCAAGAUUCUUCGGGGGCUCCCCCCUGGCUUUGGGAUGAAGUCAAAAUUCCUCAGCUUGAACUUCAGAGCUCUCCACAGUCUAAAGACCUCAGCCUAUUCCGUCAGUACAGUCUCAUCUUCUUCUGUAUGAAGCAUUUCCUCAUUACCUCCUUCCAGGCGUUUGCUAAUGAUUUCUCUCACAAGCCACCUUGUAUUUAGAUGCUUGGUAACUAUGCAUUUUCUAUUUACACUGUAUAUGCAUAUAUUUGUUCAGUCAUUUUCAGUUGUGUCCCACUCUC